AUGCCUUCGCAGAUAUCCAUGCGCCUAUCUUUCUGGACGCUGGCAGUCUGCCUGCUCAACGUCACCCGUUGUGUCUCGGCCCAGAACAUCGUCCCAACCUCCUCCUCGAGCAGUUUCCCGGGCUGCGCGCUCUCGUGUACCGCCCUCCUACAAGCACAGUCCCUCUGUGUACCCCCGAAUGUCGCAACCACCAGUCAAAUCACCUAUGAGAACUGCUUUUGCCAGAGCAGUUCGUUACAAGCCCUCUACAGUACCCCCGAUGCCAUCUGCGCUGGCGAAUGCACCAUCGAAGCCGAUCGCCAGCAAUUACAGACAUGGUUCACGGGGUUUUGCGCACAAGUGGGCCAAGGCAUUGAUCCGCUCACCUCCACAGCGUCUACAUCUCCUACUGCUACAACAGUCGUGACUAUCACGAGUUCCACGUCUCCGUCACAAGCAACCGGCGCUGGCACUGGCACAGGGAGCUCAUCCGCCUCGGCUUCAUCCUCUCACCAGUCAUGGAUCGAGGGGCAUUGGCGGUGGAUCCUGAUGCUAGGUAUUCUAGCCAUCGGUUUCGCCCUGCUCACAUGGCUUGCUAUAUGGUUGAAGCGUCGCCACCGGAGAAGAAUUGAGGAGCGACGGGCUGCUAUCUCUGGCUUCCCAACUCCUACGGAGAAAAAAGAUGGAGCUCGUUCUGCCACCCCGGAUCUUUGGGGCCCACAUCAGCACAUGCAUUAUACCAAGGGAUGGGAAUAUGCGGAAGGCAAUGGCACCAUGGGCAGCGGCGCCCUAGGCGCUGCCACCGCUGACAGACGAUCGAAAAGACUCUCGUCGUCCAAGGACAAACGUCGCAGCAACCGUGUCGAAGUAGCCGAAGUCAAUGAUCCUUACCCGCCACCUACAUCGAGGCGACUAGCGUCAAAGGGCAAGGCUAGGGUUGCCGCUGAUGCAGUGGAACUAGAUCCCGAGAUCGGUAGGGUGGAUAGGAGCCGGAGCCGGAGCCAACGACGACAAGAGCAUGACAGCGAGCUUGAGAGGGACAGCGAACAGGACCAUCAAAGGCGACUCCGCGAAGUCAGGGGCAGUCGUCGGAGGACUGGUGAGUUUCUCUGA